AUGGAACGAGGUUCUAUUGUAAGCCCGCGACAUUUUGUACGAAAAGUCAAGUUCCUGUGAGAUAAAAUACGAUAUUUCCAAUGGUUUCUAAACUUAACGCAGUAUUUCGCCAUUUCAUAGGGUCUGAGAGACAUCAGUCCAGUACGGGGUCCAGAAAACGUCCCUCAGAAAGCCUCGAUGAUGUGAGUGAUGAUAUUCUGGAGACUCCUCAGCCAAAGAGGGCUAGAACUUCCAAUCACUCUGAUGACUUAAAUCGGCCCCGAGCAACCACUCCCCUUGUGAAAGUAGCCAAUUGGAUUCAUCGGAAGGCUUCUACUUUUGGAGAAACCUACUUCUUCCGUCCGUUGGAUAACCUGGUACAGAACAACUAUCCUUCACCAAUUCCAGGAACAUCAGACAGAAAUAAUCAUCGUUCACAGGUCAUGAGUGAUACACCAGGCCCAUCAGUAAGAAAUAAAACCACAAAUCAACCUCCCAAAGUAAACUUCAAACAACCAGAUGGAAGACCUCACCAUAAGUCAACAUCUAACCCAGGUCAUCAGCAGGUCAAGCAAUCUCACUCUCAUAACAAUGAACGACAGCUAGAAAGAGAAAGUACUCAGAGGGCCGCAGGAACAAGAACAGGACCAAAAGAACAACUCGCCAAUAAAAGCUCUGUAUCUCACCCUGUGAAUUCAUCGAUGGGAGCCACUAGUGUCUCCAAGCAUGAUGGCUAUACCCCUGUCAGAGAUAAACUAUUCCCACAUCCAAAGAGAAGAGUUGUUGUCUCAUACGCCUCUAGAGGGCGCUCCCAACAUGUACCAACAAAAAGCCAAACAAUAAACGAGUGUGUAAGGUUGAAGGAGAGACAGCAGUACAAGCAGUUAUUAGAGCAGUUUACCAUGGGGCAUGGUAUGGGUUGUUUAGGACCCUCUCCUACUGCUGAUGCCACUGUAGAUGAGAGCAAACCUGAACCUUCUGUGUCGAGACCGAGUGCAACGGUGCCCGAAACCAGCAUAGCCAGCAGCCGUCUAGAAGCACCAACCAAUCAAAGGAGUGUUCAGGAGAGGAUGGGGCUCCGUGUUCUACCCCAUGAGUACUCCAGUCAACGUGAGGUCAGGGAGGCUGUUCGUCAAAGACUCCAUGCUCCUACUAGUAACCUGAGUCCAGUGAUGACUGAGGGAGAGAGAUCUGUUCCUCCUACUCCUGCUCAACCCGACUUUAAUGAGACGAGCCCACCACCUACCAUCAUAGCAACCACCAAGCCUGGAUUGAAUGCCUUUCAGAAGAGUUUAAUGUCAACACCGUACCUGUCUGAAGAUUGGGUACAUGAUUUAAAAGCUCGCUUUGAAUCCAGUGUACGUAUAAGACAAAGAGAGAUUGAGGAAGAAAAGUCCAAACUACAAAGCUAUGAAGAAAGGAGAGCAAAGGGACAAGCUGAAGCGAAGGAACUGAUAAAUCAAAGAAUAAAGAGAGCCUCAGGAUUGCCUGGUGCUGUGGAAGACAUCAUCUACCGACCAGAAGAGAAGGAACCUGAGGACACAAUCACCUUGGUCGAGGAUGAGCUUGAAGAGGUUGACGAAGAGGAGGAGGAUGAUGGGAUGGAAGAGGAGGAUGAGGAGGAGCUACCGGAGCUGACAGAUGAGAUGGAAGCUGAGAUUAGCGGAGCUCUUAAUCCUAAUCCAUCGAGUGAGGGAUUAUCUAGUGCAUUCCGAUUGACCAUUACAAGGAGAGACAUGCAGACUCUUGCUGGUCUAAAUUGGCUCAAUGAUGAGAUCAUGAACUUUUACUUUGAAAUGUUGAUGUCAAGGAGUAAAGGAGAGGACUACCCAAGCAUACAUUCUUUCAACACAUUCUUCUACCCGAAGCUGAUCAACUCUGGCUAUUCCAGCCUGCGUCGCUGGACCAAGAGAGUGGACGUCUUCACUAAAGACCUUCUUCUAGUACCUGUCCAUCUAGGAAUGCAUUGGUGUCUAGCGGUUAUUGACUUCAGGAAUAAAACCAUUAUUUUCUAUGACUCAAUGGGUAGCCACAAUCAACAGUGUUUAGAUGCACUCAGAGAUUACAUUGUAUCUGAGCAUGCGGAUAAGAAGAAGCAGGAGUAUAGUUUGGAUGGUUGGUCGUAUUACUCAGAGAAGGGGAUUCCCCAGCAGCUGAAUGGGUCAGAUUGUGGUAUGUUUGCUUGUAAAUACGCUGAAUAUAUCUCCAGGGAUGCUCCUAUCACCUUCACACAGCAUGACAUGCCCUACUUCAGGAGGAGGAUGGUUUGGGAAAUACUGCACACGACCUUGUUGUGACCUUCACUGUACACAGACAUGAAUCAAACCAAAGUCAGGUAGUGCGUCCUCACUGGGACAGUGACUUUCAUCCUGAUCUUCAUAGAAACUUACAGUGAUGUCCAUUGUAAUUGUCAGAGUAAUACUUAACAGUAGCCACCAUGGUGAAACAGUGUCAUUUCCUGCAGAGCUCACCAUGACCUCUUCACAGUGAUGCUAGGAGUCACCUUCGCAAUGACCUUCACAGUGAUGCUAGGAAUCACCUUCACAAUGACCUUCACAGUGAUAUUGCACAGUGACAUUCCAGCAACCUUCAUUGUGAUGUUUGUAGUGAUGUUAGAGUCACCUUCACACUGACCUUCACAGUGAUGUUAGGAGUCACCUUCACAAUGACCUUCACAGUGAUAUUGCACAGUGACAUUUCCAGCAACCUUCAUUGUGAUGUUUGCAGUGAUGUUAGAGUCACCUUCACACUGACCUUCACAGUGAUGUUAGGAGUCACCUUCACAAUGACCUUCACAGUUAUAUUGCACAGUGACAUUUCCAGCAACCUUCAUUGUGAUUUUAGCAGGGAUGUAAAGCAGUCACCUGCACGUCGACCUUCAUGGUGACUUUGCACAACGGCCUUCACAACGACCUUCACAGUGAGUCGUUUAUCACUAUGGAUCUCUGUGAUAGGAACCCAAAUGCUGCAGACAUUAGGUGACGUCAAGUAAUGUCUAUCGUUGACCAUCCUUGAUUAUGAUUUGAAUGAUACAGGAACAGUGAAGCUCAAGCAGGACUGGACAGCGGAAGGAGAUCAAGUAGUCAUAUGAGAUUAUUUCUUGCAUGAAAUUUGUAUAUAAUGUAAAUCUUGAGUCCAGAUAUCAAAGAAGUAGUUAUCAGAUGAAGUAUUGAGGCCAUAAGCUAAAGCUUAUUUGACUCGUUCUCUUUGUCUCUCUCCUACUCAUUUAGCAUAUUCUGUAAUGUUCCGUUGUUUCUCUUUUCCUCUCUCUUUCUUCCUCUCCCCAACCUGUCUCUCUUUCUUUGUCCUGGGGCCCGUAACACAAAGAUUAACAAUGAUUGUAGUUCAUUUUUUAAUGAUUGAUUGCAUUGACUACAAUGUACAAUCAAUCAUGAACAUCAAGCAUAUGAUUAAUCUCAAAUUUUUGUGUUACGGGCCCUUAUCUAUCUAUCUGUAUCUGUGUCUUUUCUUAUUUCAUAGGAUAGAAAUAUUGAAGAAAAACAAAAUUCUGCUUAACCCUAUCUAGCCCGGGGUGGUUUGUGGGUAAAAACAGCCCCCCCCCCCCAUUGACAAUUUUCACAAUCUGUAACGCAAAAAGAUUGCGCCACAACAUUGCAUAACUUUUUUGCUUUAAGGACGUUCCACAGUAAUAUUUGUGCGCAUUAUGAUCUGCGCAUAGUUUACACUCUGCGCGCUGACGUCACAAUGGAUGAACAGGUAUUAAUUAGCUGCGGAUAUGAGCUGAUUUUUCUCAUCUUCUGCACUUUAACUGCAGAUCCGAUGCGUUAUUUCAUGAAGCUAAAAAUUGAAUUAUUCCAUGGACCAUUCAAAAAAAUAUUUUCUACAAUUUCAAAAUACUUUACUCUGCAGUGCUGCCAAGAAUCACGAAUAUUAGCCCGAGUUUGAAUAAAUGGUAGAGUGGUUUUGAUUUUUUCUUCACAUAGAUACUAAGCAUUCGGCCCAUUUUUGGUGUUUUAAAAAGCACAUUUGCUCUAAUAAAAAUGCUGAUAGUUUAAAAACAAGCACAUGAACCCCUAUUUUUUAAUGUUUCUACCUCUUAGGUAUACCUUCCUCUACAACUCUGCAAAUUUUGGUGAAAAUGACAUGGAUUUUGAAUAAAGUGCAGCAUUUAUUGUACGUUUGUAUUUUGUUACUGAAAUUUUACAUUUUUCAGAUUGGGAUUUUGUUAUCUUUUACGCCAUUUUUAAGAACUGACAGUGCUGUUAAACUUAAAAUUGCAAACAAAUAGCACUAUCUAUAGAUUCUCCAUUCUAACGAUACAAUUAUUAACUCUCUUGCGAAAUUUGAUGACUUUUUCAUGUAUUUUGAAUGAGUAAUGGAGGUUUAAACUCAUUGUAGUAAUCUUGGGCGGUCUAAAAAUGCCAAAUUCUUUUGAAUGCGCAAUUCUUAAGAACAUCAAUUUGGGUGAACUUUGAAGCUCUAUAGCAAAAAAUCAAGCACAUGGACCUAUGUUAAUUUUUGCAUAUUUCGAAUAUUAAGGUUCUAAAGUAUCUAUGUGCAAAGUUUGGUGAAAAUGACAUGGAUUUCACUUUAACUGUGGAACAUCCUUAAGUCUUGCACAACUUUUAAGAUCUAAUUCGCAACGUGGAGGUACGCAGUUCCGAAGUUACGUAACAUUUUGUAAGUGCAUGUGAGAGCAAAUAUUGCUCAAAAAUAUUGUACAAAUCCAAUGCAAAUUUUGUGAAGCCAAUUUUCAUAAAUGUAUCAUUUUUAUUUUUACUGAUAAAAAGGAAUAGAUUUCAUGUCAUUUAUGACUGAAAUAGUGUUGCCGAUGAUUUUCAUUGAAAAAACAGUGAAAAACAAAGUAAAAAUAUAAAUUAAAAAAAACAAUGAAAUGCAUAAGAAAAAAAUUGAUAUUGCCAUUUUUUAAAUAUACAUUUGAUGAUAAUCCCAAGAAGAGUGUCCAGACCAAAUUCUAGCACUAUUGGGGCUAUAUUUAAAGAUUUACAGCCAAAUUAUGAUUUUAUGCAUUAAUUAAUCAGAAAUAAAUUUGAAUAAUUUUGGCACAGUUGAAUUCUGGAGUUUACAUCAUGGGUGACGUGCGUGCCAAUUUUCGUUCAGUGGCUGAGAUCUGAGGGUGGGGGGCUGUUUUUGCCCCCCCCCCCGGACUAUAUAGUGUUAAAUGCAUUUACAUAUGGAGAGUCAAAUCAAACAUGAUAAUCAUCUUUAACAUAAUGAAUCAACAGUAUAUAUGUUCUCUCAUUUCUCAAAUGCAUAUCAGUCAAGCACACAUCAUUAUUUUCAAUGUUAAAGAUAUUGCAUGGACAAUUAAAAGGAAUUUGUGGUCACAGUUCAACAAAUCCGGUAUGUUUACCUACAUGUGUACAGUACAGUUCAUUAAAUUUGAUGUAAGAACUUGCCAUGGAA